AUGGUCAAUGAGACUGAACGAAUGGAGGAUCCAGCUUCCCCUUGCACCACCCACCACGUGCUGAAAUAUGUGGUGCUGUUCUUUGCUUCUGUGAGUCCAUGCAGGCGUGAUGAUGGGCCCUCAAGGCUCACAGGCUUAGAGGAAAUAGAGUGCGGGAAAUCUUUCAUUCAGCAGAGACACCUUGUUAUACACCAGAGAAUUCACACUGGUGAGCGUCCUUAUUCCUGUUCAGAGUGCGGGAAAUCUUUCACUCAGAAAGCAAACCUUGUUAAGCACCAGAUAAUUCACACGGGUGAGCGUCCUUAUUCCUGUUCAGAGUGCGGGAAAUCUUUCACUCAGAAAGCAAACCUUGUUAAGCACCAGAUAAUUCACACGGGUGAGCGUCCUUAUUCCUGUUCAGAGUGCGGGAAAUCUUUCACUCAGAAAGCAAACCUUGUUAAGCACCAGAUAAUUCACACGGGUGAGCGUCCUUAUUCCUGUUCAGAGUGCGGGAAAUCUUUCACUCAGAAAGCAAACCUUGUUAAGCACCAGAUAAUUCACACGGGUGAGCGUCCUUAUUCAUGUUCAGAGUGCGGGAAAUCUUUCACUCAGAAAGAAACCCUUAAAGAAGCCCUUGUUAUACACCAGAGAAUUCACACGGGUGAGCGUCCUUAUUCAUGUUCAGAGUGCAGGAAAUCUUUCACUCAGAAAGCAAACCUUGUUAAGCACCAGAUAAUUCACACGGGUGAGCGUCCUUAUUCAUGUUCAGAGUGCUGGAAAUCUUUCACUGAGAAAGGAGCCCUUGUUAAACACCAGAGAAAUCACACUGGUGAGCGUCCUUAUUCAUGUUCAGAGUGCUGGAAAUCUUUCACUGAGAAAGGAGCCCUUGUUAAACACCAGAGAAAUCACACAGGUGAGUGUAAUUAUUCAUGUUCAGAGUGCGGGAAAUCAUUCACUCAGAAAGGAGCCCUUGUUAUACACCAGAGAAUUCACACAGGUGAGCGUCCUUAUUCAUGUUCAGAGUGCGGGAAAUCAUUCAUUCAUAAAGGAGUCUUUGUUAAACACCAGAGAAUUCACACAGGUGAGCGUCCUUAUUCAUGUUCAGAGUGCGGGAAAUCAUUCACUCAGAAAGGAAACCUUGUUGAACACCAGAGAAUUCACACGGGUGAGCGUCCUUAUUCAUGUGCAGAGUGCGGGAAAUCAUUCAUUUAUGGAUCCAACCUUGUUAAACACCAGAGAAUUCACACGGGUGAGCGUCCUUAUUCAUGUUCAGAGUGCGAGAAAUCAUUCACUCAGAAAGAAGACCUUGUUAAACACCAGAGAAUUCACAUGGGUGAGCGUCCUUAUUCAUGUUCAGAGUGCUGGAAAUCUUUCACUCAGAAAGCACACCUUGUUAUACACCAGAGAAUUCACAUGGGUGAGCGUCCUUAUUCAUGUUCAGAGUGCGGGAAAUCAUUCACUCAGAAAGGACACCUUGUUAUACACCAGCGAAUUCACAUGGGUGAGCGUCCUUAUUCAUGUUCAGAGUGCGGGAAAUCAUUCACUCAGAAAGGACACCUUGUUAUACACCAGCGAAUUCACAUGGGUGAGCGUCCUUAUUCAUGUUCAGAGUGCGAGAAAUCUUUCAUUCAGAAAGGAGCCCUUGUUAAACACCAGAAAAUUCACACAGAUAAGCGUAAUUAUUCAUGUUCAGAGUGCGGGAAAUAAUUCAUUCAUAAACGACACCUUGUUAGACACCAGAGAAGUCACACA